AUGGUAUUGGCCAAUGAUACGGCUGGCAUGAAAGAUGUGGCUCAUGUUUUUAUAUAUUUAUUAAGAGAAGAUCAAAAAACCUUAAGCAAUAUCACGGAUACUAUAGUAAAUAUAGAUGAAAUAAAGGUUCAUGAAAAUAAGGACGGUUCAGUAGAUAAAACUAAAACUGAUUUGUAUAUGCAUUUAGUGGGGGAAGAAGAUAAUUCGAUAUAUGAAGUGGCUGAAGUUUUAAAUCUAAUUGACUCCCACAUAGAACACUUGGAUGAAUUGUUUAAGGAACUUAAUGUAUUGGAUACCCAAGCAGCCGAAGCUCAGUUAUUGCAAGCUGGUCCUCAAGCCAAAGCCAUGUAUCUUUAUGCGCCCUCACAAAGAAAUGGCUACAAACGCCAAUUAAGAGCAGCAAAAGUUAAUAUAUUUCGAAAUUCUUCAUUAUCUUUACAACAUCCAAAUGAACCCACCACCCGAGUACCCAAUACCAAUAAACACAGUGUUCAAGGUUCCAAUCCCAUAUGGCUAAAAGGUUAUGAAAACGAAUGGUUUAAAACCGAGGAAAAUUUAAGCCAAAGUGGUCAUGAUUCUUUGGAUGAUAAUUUUCUAGCCAUUGGUGCUCAGGACAUUCAGGAAACUUUAAAGGGUACUGCAAAAUUAUUUAAUCAUACUAAUGAUUUGAAUCGUCAUUUUAAUGUUUAUAAUCAAAUAGACAAAUUAACAAAUAAUGCUCAAAUAUUAGCAAGGAAAUUAGAAACAACGGAACUAUAAUUUAAAU